AUCGGUAUUACCACCUGAUUCAACGUAAAGCUUACUUAGGCUAUGUACAUAGUAGACGGUACCUAGGUAGUAGGUAGUAGGUUCGUUAGCUAGUACGGUAGACUGAGUAUCAGGUGGUGUUCUAGAACAAUUCUAGCGCACGCCCAUGAACCUGUAUCCUAGCGCGCACUUUGACAGGGUGCCGGUACUUUUGGGCCAAGAGGCGGUUUAUCGGGCAAUUCGGCUUCGAUAUCCAGUGUAGUAGCAUUUUUCUCGAGUUUACUCCGGGCUCACCGAGGGAGGGACAGCAACAAUAGACAUGGAGGCACAUCCAAGACACCACCUCCGAACGGUGCGUCGCGUUGCCCGGCAAGGAUAUUUGCUUAGACCAAGCAAACGAAUAUCGAGGCGAUUCACGUCAAUACGGCCCUGCGUCGCAACAGACAAUCACUCAUCCAGCAGCACAAGGCCUCCUCGUCUUACACCAAUAACACCCGCAUCAUCAUUUACUAGGAUACCGAUCCUCCGUUCCUUUACAUCGACGUCCAAAUUCCACGUGGCCGAAACGUCUGGUUCGAGCCCGGCCGACCCAGCUUUCACGACCGUUUCACCUGACGAGGUCGCUCAUUUCAAUGCGCUCGCCUCGUCGUGGUGGGAUCCCCAGGGUCCCUCUCGCAUACUGCAUCUUAUGAACCCUUUACGUCAUGAUUUUAUACGCCAAUGCCGAGCCUCUGUUCCUGAUGCCCCCUCCGACUCUUAUCCAUCAACGGGGCUACGAUAUCUCGACAUUGGAUGCGGUGGCGGUAUUUUUGCCGAGUCCGCAGCGCGGCUCGCCUCGACGUCAUCCGUAACUGCGAUUGAUCCGAGCCCAGAGGUUCUUAACAUCGCAAAGGCGCAUGCACGGCGCGACCCCGCUCUUGCUUCCAAGCUGCAGUACCAAAACACGUCAAUCGAGGCUCUCCCUCAGCCCGCAAACCCACAGCAAGAUGGAUACGAUAUAGUUUCUGUCUUCGAGGUGGUGGAGCAUGUUGCGAACCCAGCGGCAUUCUUGGACCGUGUUGCGCCGUUUGUGCGUCCGGGCGGCUGGCUUGUGCUUAGCACGAUCGCCCGGACUUGGACAAGUUGGCUAACGACAAAUGUGAUUGCCGAGGACUUGCUACGCAUCGUUCCGCGAGGUACGCACGAUUGGAACAAGUACAUUAACGAAGAUGAGCUACGCCACCAUUUCCUCCAAAGUAGAACUGGUUGGGCCGAACCGAGGAUAAUGGGCGUGAUUUAUAUACCGGGAGUUGGAUGGAAGGAGGUCAGUGGAAGCGAGAAGAUCGGGAAUUACUUCUUUGCUGUCAGAAGACUCCCGGAAUAGGCAUCACUUAUCGUGAUGUCACUUAACUUGACCUUUGACGAGUUACUACGCGCGUCGAAAUGUACCAUACAUACUCUAUGAUGGUUGUGUGAGGUAGCGUUGUAUACCAGCUUCUAAAUCUUGAAUAUACCCCCGAAAUCAUCCAUUUCGAAACAUUGCCACCAGCAUGCUACUUCGUACUCGUGGACACGCCAUAGACCAAUGUGAGAGAUCCCUCGCUAUUAAGGAUGCGUGCUCCUCCAUUUCAUAUCCCGGGCUAUCGACAUAUCAACUGGCCACAGAACCCGAAGGAGGCCAUGUUUGAAUGAUAUCUUAUUCGCCCCAGGCCCAUCUAGCAUCUAUCGGUUUCAGGUCAUAUCA